AAAAGUUCAUUUCGAUCGCGGCUUUCAACGUGGUCAGUUGUAUUUUAAAUUUGACGGGCAUUUCGUGCGCGCGCAAUGAAUCAAGGACCAGUUUCGUGUCUUCCAAACACAAGCAAAAUGUCUAAAGCUAAAAAAGUUUUAGAUGAAGCACGGGAGAUCCAAAAUCCCGAAAUUGAUUUGGUCGAUAAGGCCAUUUCUUCGUUUGAAGAAACACCAGGUUUACUUAGUAUGACUCACAUAACCAGACUUACCCUAAGUCACAACAAGAUUAAAUUCGUACCUCCUGCUCUGGCGAACUUAACAAACCUCGAAAUUUUAAAUUUAACCAACAACCAGAUUGAGGAAYUGCCCCUUUCAUUAUCAUCAAUGCCAAAAUUACGAAUUCUCAACUUGGCAAUUAAUCGUCUUUACAAUCUCCCUCGCGGAUUUGGCGCUUUUCCAGUCCUGGAAGUUCUUGAUCUGACUUACAACAAUUUGAAUGAGAAAUCUCUUCCUGGAAAUUUUUUUAUGAUGGAAACUUUACGAGCCUUGUAUUUGGGGGAUAACGACUUUGAGUAUCUUCCGCCUGAAGUGAAAAAUCUAAAAAACCUACAGAUUCUGGUACUUAGGGAAAACGAUUUGAUUGAGUUACCAAAAGAGUUGGGAGAGUUAACGAGACUACGUGAACUCCACGUGCAAGGGAAUCGUCUUACUAUAAUACCCCCUGAACUCGGGAAUCUCGAUAUGACGUCAAAUAAAUCCGUUUUUAGGUUUGAAGGCAAUGAAUGGGUGGCUCCAAUUGCAGAUCAGUUGCAACUAGGAGUCGGUCAUUUGAUGGAAUAUUUACGAACAGAGGCUUACAGAAUAACGUAUAAUCGCUACUGUACCAAUAAACCUCCAGUUCCACCACCUUGUGUUGAUAAGGCAAAAAAGAUAUCCCGAAUACGUUGACACUUAAAUGCCAUUUUUUACCUAUUCUGAUUAAUUUACUAAUUAACUAAAAUGGAAAAUACUGCCAUUACACUAAUUAAGUUUUUAUUUUACUUUUGUGGCCUUAGGUAAGGAAGCUUUAAGUAAAAAUAAAUUGUAUUUUACAAUUUUUACAAUAUUAAUGUUUUUAAGAACUAAAUAAAUAAAUAACCAAAU